AUGGAAAAAGAAGUCGAGGAAAACGAUUUGCACAUGCAAGUUAUGCUUGUUACUGAUGAUACUUUUAGAGAACACAAAGGAUUUGAUCUUGCCAAUUUUUAUGAUCAACAAUAUUCUAUAUCAGAUCUUCCUGUGAUAAAUGUUCUUGAAACUGAUACAUUUAAUGAUUUUAAAGAGAUCGUAGCAGCCAAAUAUGAAAAACAACCUCAACAAAUUCGGUUUUGGGAAUAUGUCAAUAGACAAAAUAAAACUCUCAGACCUCAUGAAUUAAUAUCACCUGACAAUUUUAAUUUAACAAUGGUUGAAAUUUGUGAUAAAUUUACACCACACCGUAGUAAACCUAGAUUUUAUUUGGAGAUUGCAAAUAAACCAUUAGAUGACGAAGUUUGGUUUCCCACAACAAAUGAAAAAUUUAUAGUGUUUCUAAAAUUUUUUGAUUUCCAUGCACAAACUUUAGAAUGUCUUGGUUCUCUUUAUGUAGAAAAAUCUGGUAAAGUUGGUGACAUUUAUCCAAUUUUGUGUGAAAAAAAGGAUCUUCCGCCAAAUACUCGACUAAAUCUAUAUGAAGAAAUUAAACCAAAUAUGAUAAUAGAAAUGAAUCCAGAAUCAACAUUUUGUCAAUCUGAAAUACAAAAUGGAGAUAUAAUUUGCUUCCAAAAAGCUUUAACAGGAAAAGAGAUUAAAGAACUAUUUAUUACAGUUGAACUAUUGUCCAAUCAUUUGGAUGCUCAUUUGGUUUGGUAUCCAGCUAGCUCAAUUGUAGACAAUGGCAUUGAUAAUGAUUCGUCAAAAAUGGGUUUUCCAUUAAAAUUUUGGUAA